AUGGAGGGGCCACGUCAAUCCACGUCGAUCACCUCCCGAACGAAGAUGCUCCCAUCCAUCGCCUCCCUUUGCCUCCUCGCGUGCCUCCUCCGCGGGACGCGGGGCCAGAACCCUUGCCCCGGCGCGGCCGACAUCGCUCCCUGCACGUGCGAGCAGGUCGCGGGGGAGGUCACUGUCGACUGCUCCGAUGUGGCGACGGCCGACGAGUUGUUCAACGUCUUCAACAACAUCGCCUGGCCGAACAACGAACUCACGGAAUUCCGACUGACCAACAACGACGGCGUGCUCGAUCUCCCCGAAGGAGUGUUCGGUGAAGUGUCCUUCCAGCGACUGUACGUCUCCGGGACGUCGGUGGCCAACCUCUACCCCCUCUCCAUCCUCCCUCACCUGGCCGCCCGACUGGAGGAGCUGCGAAUCAUGGACAGCAGCCUCACCGACUUCCCAUUCGUCAUCCUCAGCCCUCUGAGGAGCCUCAAGGUCCUCGACAUCUCCGGGAAUGCCAUCUCGGCGGUGCCGGCGCUCCAAAGCUCCAGCCUUCAGAUAUUCAACGUCGAGUUCAAUCAGAUCACAGCCUUGGAAGAGGGAUGGUCCACCCCCAACUUGAAAGAGCUUCACGUCGGCGCGAAUCCCAUCCAGGACAUCCCCGCGGGGCUCUUCGGGGACUUCGCGGGGCUGGAGGAAUUCUCCUGCUCCUCCUGCGCCCUGCUGGGGCCGACGCUCCGCGCGGGCCUCCUGCAGUUCCACAGCGAGGCCCUGAUCAAGGUGGAUCUGCGAAUCAGCGACCUCACGGGACUGGAGGAUGGGGCCUUCACAGGUCUCACGAACGGCACAGUGAUCAAUCUUCAACUGAACGAUAUGACCGAUCUCCCCGAAGCGUCUGUAUAA